AUGGGUAUCCUGCAAACGCUCUUCCAUGCAGAAGAGGACAUUCAAGGAUCCAAAUUUCGCGCCAUAUUCAUCGGUCUUUUCGUUGCCUUCGGCGGUAUUCUUUUUGGUUAUGACACUGGUACCAUUUCAGGCGUCCUUGCCAUGGACUAUGUCAAGGAGCACUUUACCUCACGUGGCCACUUCACAGCAAAUGAGACAUCACUAAUAACUGCUAUUCUAUCAGCUGGUACAUUCUGUGGCGCUAUGCUCGCUCCACUAGCAUCCGACACAAUUGGACGCAGGCUGGGUCUCAUUAUUUCCACUCUCAUUUUCGCUGUUGGCGUCGUUUUACAGAUCGCGGCCACUGGUCAGAAUCUUCUCAUUGUCGGAAGAGUAAUUGCCGGCGCCGGUGUCGGUGUGCUUUCUGCCAUUGUUCCACUAUACCAAUCUGAGGCAUCUCCCAAGUGGAUCAGAGGAGCUGUUGUGUCAUGCUACCAAUGGGCUAUCACAAUCGGUCUUCUCUUGGCUGCCUGUGUGAACCAGGGAACACACGCUAGAAACGACAGCGGCUCUUACAGAAUCCCAAUCGCUCUUCAGCUGCUCUGGGCUAUAAUCAUGUUUAUUGGCAUGGUGAUUCUUCCCGAGUCCCCAAGAUUUUACAUCAUGAAGGAGAAAGUCCCAGAGGCACGUAAGGCGCUCUCUAAACUCAGAGGCCUCCCAGAAGAGCAUGAAGUUAUCCAAAACGAGCUCGAAGAAAUCAGUGCUAACUACAACUAUGAAAGAUCCUUCGGAUCCACCUCCAUCUGGGACUGCUUUAAGCCUGCUAAUCAUCAACUGAAGCGGAUCUUCAUCGGUAUUGCUAUCCAAGCUCUGCAACAGCUCACGGGUAUCAACUUUAUUUUCUACUAUGGUACUCAAUUUUUCCAAAACUCAGGCAUCAAGGACCCCUUCAUUAUCCAACUAAUUAUGAACGUGGUAAAUGUUGUAAUGACUGUCCCCGGUAUUGCGCUGGUCGAAAUUGCCGGGAGAAGAAACUUGCUGCUAUGGGGCGCCAUUGGUAUGUGCGUCAGUGAACUGAUCGUUGCUGCUGUUGGCACGGCGCUCCCAGACAGUUUCUCUGCCAACAAGACAUUGAUUGCCUUCUCUUGCACCUUCAUUGCUUCGUUUGCCGCUACAUGGGGUCCCUUGGCAUGGGUCGUGGUUGGAGAAAUCUUCCCAUUAAGAGUGAGAGCCAAGUCGGUUGCUGUAUGCGCCGCAUCCAACUGGCUUUUCAACUUCGCAAUUGCAUACGCGACUCCUUACCUGGUCGACAGUGAACACGCGAAUCUUCAGUCCAAAGUAUUUUUCAUUUGGGGAGGAUGCACCUUCCUGUGCUUCCUGUUCGUUUACUUCUUCAUUUACGAGACCAAGGGUCUAACGCUCGAACAGAUCGACGAGCUCUUCGAGGUAUGCCCAAGCGCGAGAUACUCCAAGAACUUUGUUCCUUCCAGCGGUCCAGCUGUCGAUGUAUCAAACAUAUCUGAUUCCGACAAGGCUGUUGUGGAAGUUCUUGAAAAGGUUUGA